CCGGAGUAGCGACGUGGCUUCGAGUGACUCUGCCUUUCCGAUGGCUGAAGCACCCGCCAACAACGAGGAGAGCUCGUGGUUCUCGUCGAUCGUGCGCGCCGGCCUCAUCUGGUACGGCGUCAACAAGGUCACAUCCGUGCUGUGGGGCAGCGCCGAUACGCCGACGACGACGGCACCCGCGCCAAUGACGGGGCCGUCCAUCGGCUUUCAAGCGCCGUCGCCCUCGAGCAUCCAGGCGUUUGACGCGACGCUCAACCCGUUCGCCAAGUUUUCGCCGCUCACGCCGACCAACGAGCCGCUGCCAGGGCACCGCAACACCUUUGCGUACGGCGUCUUGACCAACAUCCAAGUGUACGCUACGCCGUCGCCGACGUUUUCGUUUGACGACGACGAGGCGUCGCUGGUCUGGGACUUUUCGUCGGUCCAUUACGGCUUUCUCGAGGUGCCUGUGGAGCACAAGGUCAAUCUCAACUGGACCAUGACGCCGUAUCUGCUCAACAAUGGCACGCUCCACGCGCACGUCUUCUUCACCAAGGCCGGCUACUCGCCCAACCCGUCCGACGAAAACUAUGACGAACUCGCUACGGUCUACAAGCGCGUCGAAAUGAACACGUACCGUCCGCGGGCCAAGAUCGUCAAGCAGCGCAACUUGUGGCAGCGCCAGGCCGACGAGGCCGCCGAGGUCAACCUUGACGUUGCAGUCAUCGACGAAGACACGACGUACGUCUCGCAUUGGAAGCCGACGCUCACGAUCCACGUGCUCGUCGACCACUCGGUGUACGCGCGCGGGCAGCCGCCGCAGCCGUUCGUGGCGCCGUACCUUCAGGUGGACCCGGUCUCGGGCAACUACCUCCCGGUACUGCACCUCAACGAGUUUUGGCUCCUCGACGAACAGCUCUUGCCGAUCAACAGCAGCGUGCCAAGCCUGCCGCUCGAGGUCGAGUUUGCGGCCAUUGGCAUGACCAAGUUUGCCCUCUACCAUCAGAUGGACCAGUCGUUCAAGAUGCAGCAAUCGAUGGGCACGAGCUCCAAGCGGGACACGGACGCCAUGAAGAAGAUGUUUGUCGACACCAACCCGUACCUGCUCGCAGUCACGUUUGUCGUGUCGAUUCUCCAUACCGUCUUUGAUAUGCUCGCGUUCAAAAACGAUGUGAGCUUCUGGAAGAAGCAAAAGUCGCUCGAAGGCCUCAGUCUCCGGACUGUCGUCCUCAACGCGUUCUUCCACCUCGUCAUCUUCCUCUACCUCGUCGACAAUGACACGUCGUGGAUGAUUCUCUUCAGCUCGGGGCUUGGCGUCGUUCUCGAUUUCUGGAAGAUCAAGAAGGCCAUCAAGAUCAGCCGCGACGCCGACGGCAAGCUCGUGUUUGCUGGCGAAGACAACUACGUAUCGUCGUCGACCGCCGAGCACGACCGCGUCGCCGUCGCGCAUGUGUCGUACAUCAUGUACCCGCUCCUCGCGGGCUAUUCGUUGUACAAGCUCAUUUACGCCGAGCACAAGGGCUGGUACUCGUGGGUGCUCUCGAGCCUCACGAGCUUUGUGUACGCGUUUGGCUUUAUCAUGAUGACGCCGCAGCUCUACAUCAACUACAAACUCAAGUCGGUCGCGCAUCUGCCGUGGCGCGCCAUGGUGUACAAGUCGCUCAACACGUUCAUUGACGACCUCUUUGCGUUUGUGAUUACGAUGCCGAUCAUGCACCGCCUCGCGUGCUUCCGCGACGACAUCAUUUUCUUUGUGUACCUCUACCAGCGCUGGAUCUACCGCGUCGACAAGUCGCGCGUCAACGAGUUUGGCCAAGGCGGCGACGAGCCAACGGCGCUCGAGACCACGCCGCCGCCGACAACGAACGACGAGGCGCCCGUGGCGACGAUUCCGGACCGUCCGACCCCAGACAGCACGACCACCCAGCGCCGCGCCAAGACCGACCGCGUGCCGCAGUAGAAUUUAUGUGAUUUUGAUUUCAAGACAUUUUACCGCGUGGCUUUUGGCGCCUUUUUUUUGGCU